AUAACCUUAAUGGAAUUAUCAGAAGAAGACAACUUGAAGCUGAGGGAGAAAAAAUUGGGAAAGUAAUGUCCUCUGGAAAGCAAGUUGUUGACAGUAGUUCUGUUCACUCAAGUGGAAUUAUUUAUCAGUUUGUAGAAAGAGGUAAAGUUUUUUUAAAGUUUGAGGAUAAGGAGGAAUUAGCCAAUUACUUGAAUAGUUAUAGAAUUGUUUUGGAAAAGGAAAGCGGUUUUUAUGAGUUAAGAGAAAAUAAGAA